GCUAUUUUAGUCGCCCAGUUUAUUUUAGUAAUUCAGUAUAGACGUAAAAUUCUACAUUUGUAAAAAUUGUAUACAAAUAUGAAAGAUAUUCGACACUAUUAUGACAAGUAAAUUAAACGUUAGGAAUAUUGUAACAGUGUAUAGCGUUAUAUUUGUUCUCCCCCACCCAUAUUCCGUCUCCUUUUUUGUGAAUGGCUAGAUUUCUGCGACGGCGCUUCAUUAAGUUUUAUGUGCAAUAUUAACAAUACCACAUGAUUAUAACAGGAAAUCUCUAACUUAAUUAAAAAUGAAUGAAUGAAUAAAUAAAUAAAUAAAUAAAUAACACUUUUCAACCUAGUCUAUUUACGAUUUGAUCUAGAGAAUAUUUUACGGGUUUUUUUUAACGGUUGUCCAUGCGUCAUCACGAGGAGCUCGCUGAUUGGACGAUUUCGCUAUCGGUACGAACUCCGAGCCAAUCCACAAUCAGGAGGCGGGACUUUCCUAAAUACGGGUAGCGCUGAGGAGGCUUGUGUAGUUAGCGAGUGAGCUAGCUCGCUGUAAUGAGUGUUUCGUAGACAGGAGACCUCGCCAUGUCGCACAUUUCUGUGAAUUAUGUGUUGUUAGGCGGACAGUUUUUCUUGCUCGCCUCGGUGCUGCUUUUGCAGUGCCUGGAAGGGAUUCUCUCUGAAAACUCCACUACACCCGGAAGCAGAGAGACGACAUCAGCCAUUACAACCACCAGCACAAUAACAACAACAACAACUACUACUACUACAACAACUACAACUACAGCAGCAGCAGCUACAUCUGCUACAGUCACUUCUCUGUUCAGACAGGAACCUGAAGAAAAUGCCACAUAUAAUAACAUCCCAACAACAGAGCCGUCUAAUCACACGGAGCAGUAUGAAUACAGCCCUCCAUCACCGGUGGUCCUCUGUCGGUACCUUCCCGAGGAGUUUAUACACUGCAGAGAUCCUGUUGAUCACGAUGGAAACAUCACGGCCUUCCAGGAGCUGGGACACGGCUGUGUGAAGAUUGGAAAUCAAGGCCAGGUGUACAAAGAUGUGAAUCACACUCAGGUGCUGUGCACAGCGCUGGACGGCAUCGAGUGUGCCGGGUCUCGGGAAUUCCUGCGGGGGAACGAGCCGUGCAUCAAAUACACGGGCCACUACUUCAUCACCACGCUCCUGUACUCGUUCUUCCUGGGCUGCUUCGGCGUGGACCGCUUCUGUCUGGGCCACACGGGCACCGCCGUCGGGAAGCUCCUCACUCUCGGAGGCCUGGGAAUCUGGUGGUUCGUGGAUCUCAUCCUCCUCAUAACCGGAGGACUGACGCCGAGCGACGGCAGCAACUGGUGCACGUUCUACUGACCGCAGACGUUUCCACCCGCAAGUGCGCAUGUGCUGAUUGUUUUAUCGUGGUACUGUAUUAACAAUGACAUAUAGGCACGUUUCGUAAAAUGCAGCCUAGUUUGUGGCGAUAUUGCUAUAUAUUGGAUUUAUUGGCACACACCUACUGACAAGCCAAAUGGGUUGACUUCAGUUCUAGAGGAAUAUGAAAGAUACUUUUCAAAUACGAAUUAAAUGUGUUGAAUGAGAUCCUGCUUUGUUUUGUACAGUGUAAAGAUUUUUUGUUGUUGUUGUUGUAAAUAAAAUGUCGUUCACUGUAAACAUGUUUGAAUAAAGGCACAGACACACGCAACUAAUACGUAGUACAUUGCGUACAUAUUCACCCCCUUGAACUUCCCUAUGUUUUGUAGCGUUAUGACCUGACCGAAAUAAAUGGGAUUGUAUGUAAUGAAUCGAAAGGGGGGUGAAUACUUACGCGAGGCGCAGGGGGGGAAAAAAAUGAAGCGUUCUGCUUUGCAUUUUGACAUUUAGAACAAAUUCAUGCAUGUUCAAUCAAGACAGCGCAAACUGUCUGGUUCGUUUCGGUGCUUGGCCUUUUGCAACGAAGUCAUUUCUAGCUCUCUUUAUUUCCCUUCCGCGUACAAUCUGGCGCUGUCGCACUUCGUGUGAUUUGUCCGAUAAAAUGCCAAGAUUUGCA